CGCAAUAAUCUCGGCAUAGUCGAGUACGUCGAUUCGAGUACGAUUUUACCUCUCUCCGCUCCGUCGACCCCUUCCGAGCCCGGGCCAAACCCACAAACCCCAACCCAGGACGAAGAUAUUUUGGCGCUUCGACGGCGCCUCCACCACCGAACCGGCCAGAUCGCGAGGAUGUGGUGGUGAUUCCACCCCCUACUCUGGUCGCGAUACAGCGACGCCUCCGCGCGGCGUCGAUCAAUAACAUUGUCGCCGGACGACGCCGACGUCGAGAGCGUCGUCGCGCUUGCAAGGGAUCAGCGCGAGGCGACGCGGACGGGACGGGAUAGGACAGAACACGACGCGAAGCGUCGUGUCAUCAUCGUCGUCGUGAAAGUCGUUACACCAUACGUUGUACCAGCAGAUUUGGGCGAGAUACGUGCGCGGAAGGAAUAACGAGACGACAUCGACCGCGGCGGUAACGUGGGAAUGCGAGUGACGUUCUCGUCGCGCUUUUCCACGAGGUUCGAGGAACGCGCGAGAUCGAACGCGAACGAGGGGCAACCGUAUAUCGUCGAGUCGUCGAGGUCCCACCCACGACAUGGCCAAGAACGUAGGGGAGAGUCGGAUACCUGUUCCACGGCCAGCUCGUCCGUCGUUCUUCCCGAAAUCGAGAGUACUCGAGGCGUCGAGGCUCUUGUCGGGAGGUCGCCGAUCUACGAUUUUCUCGGGAUGCUUUCAGUUCGUUAACACCGAGGACGAGCCCGCUGCUCCGAGAGAGAAGUUCGCGGGAUUUGUAUCGUCGACGCCUAACAUCAAGACCGAUACGACGGAUCAGACGUACUCGAUAUCACCCGUGUGGGACAUAGACAAGAACGAUGUGCAACAAUUGGUACAACUCAGUGAAGAGAAGAGCAGCCUGUUUAGGUUACUCGAGGAUUCUCAGCUGAGUAUGAUCGAGGAUGUCGGCGACAGCUGCCUCGUAGAAAACAGCUUGGCCAAUUACAAUGAGACGAACGCGACGCCGCAUUAUUUGAUGCUCAACAAACAGAACUCCUUCGAACACGAUGAGAGCUUAGGCAUCUUGACCCCGGACCAGAUGACUGAUUUUACGGUCGCGCUCGAGUGCUCCAGGACACCAUCCUGCGAGAAUCUCACCGGCUCGGCCGGCUCGAAACUGGCGUUGACGCGAGCGUCCGCUUCAAGACCACUAGCGGAGGAGGGUUGCAGCGAGAGAACACCUUCCCCGGAGGAACUGCCGCUCGAUCCCAAACCAGUGGAGCCGAUUCGAGGUAAUACAGUGCCCGUGAGCUUUGUCACAUCGGUCACGAGCAUCACGAGCCUCGAAGCGGGCUAUCAGGGCGACGGCGAGAACUCGAGGCCAGCUAGUCGCGGCGCGGAUCCACCGUCCAUAGUGCCGGCGGUCAAUUUGCCCGCGCCGUGCCGCCAAGACCCGAUGACCGACUCGGACUUCUUCACCGAGAGCGACGCGGACGCUCACGAAGAAAUAGUGCGAGGCGAUAGGAAGGCACAAGUGAUCGACGGCACGUUAUUCUGCGCUCCGGGCGAACGCAGAUGCCCAAGCUUCACCGGUGAGGAGAUGGACUCGAGCGGCAUUUACUCAGACUUGGACAAGCUUCAGGCGCCGGAACAAGCGCCGGAAGAGAACGACGAUCAUACACCCGACACCGGCGACACCGAGCUUUCUCCGAGGAGUCAACCGUCGCCGGUCGCGGCGAAUGUCAUCAUGGAUUAUUUGCAGAUUCCUACCAAGACUACGGACGAGACUAACGGCUUGAACGACACGAGUUCCGCCGAAGUCCCGGUGAUCAAAACAGUGGAGAAUAACGAGAAUAUUCGACCUAAAACACCAAGUAAGGCUGAUUCGGUGCCUUUAAAAAAGUAUAAGAUGCCAAAAAAGAACGUCGUCUCGAAAAUCAAGGCGAUGAUCGAGUCGUCUGCGAAGGACGACGCGGAAAAAGAGGCGAGACGUUCUCAAAGAUCGAUCAGGAAAGGUGGACGUUGGGACGCGGUCAUGAACAAGAUAGAGGCUGGCAAAAAUGAGCAGAGAACGAGAUCAGCUAGGAAAGACGUCAAGUCAAGGGUGCUGCAAAAUCUAGCGCUGUCGCCGUCCACGAGACCAACAUUGAAGAAAGUCGGCGACACGAAUAACUACAACAAUAACAAUAAGGACAAACGGAGGAUGCGUGGCUGGCAAGAGAUGAAGUCACCGACGCAGGAGACUGCCAGGAGUUCUGUUCGCAGUUCUAUGAGCGAUCUCAGCAGUGGCCCGAGCAAGGACAUGCCAAGCGGUGUCAUAAAUUAUUUAAAAGCGGCUUUAGCACAAUUGGAAAUGGAUCAGAAAUGCAAAAUUGAAGGGACCCAUCUCGACAUUUCUCAUUGCGAAACGAUAAAGCUUAAUCGAUACAGCUCUCGACGUGGGAUUUUCCAAUUAAUUCGGGAGAGAUCACCGACGUCCGCGAACCCACCCAGAAGAUUUGUCUCGAACAGCCACGCCAAUCACCAGGUCCGUUUGAAUAAUUACGACGCGAAAAAGAACUGCAUCGAUGUGACGCCGGUCGUACUCGAGAAGAGCCCGCCAUCAGCGCGAAAGCCGGCGAUAACAAGGAGAUUAACGGCUAACGCACCCGUGAAACAGAAAUCUUCCACGCCGUCAAUAAAAGAUCGUGAGUCCAAGGAAGCUCAUCACAACAUCAAUUAUGCGACGACGAGGACGUCACCGGAGACGCGGGAUCAAGCCGCGCAGACCACCUACGAGGCUUCCCGCGCGGAACAAUUGGAGCGAGCCGCGCAGGCCCUCGCGGUGACAGUGCAAUACAUGACGUGUGAGCUGGACGCAUUCGCAACUCCUAAACUGAAGAGAGACUUUGAGCAGCUAAAGGCCGAUUACGAGAAGAUGAGGAGCGAACGGUCGGCCGUGCUUUCGGAAAUUGACGAUUUGCGUGUGAGAUACGUCAGCAUCGAGGAGAGACUCGAGGCGGAGAGAGAGGAUCACCGUAAAGCUCUGGACGAGCUUCGCGACGACUUGGAGGCUCGUAGGGCGGAACAAGUCACCGCGCUCGUCGAGACUCUGAAGGAAGAGAGGCGCAAAUACGACGUCAGACUGAAUGACGCGACGAAGGAGCAUCGCGCGACAAUCGCGCGAUUACGUGCCGAGCGAGAUAACGAACUAGCUCGCAAGGACGCUGAGGUUAUGAAGAGGUCCGUAGUCCACGAUCAAGGUGCUGUGCUGAGAGCGGAGAUUGAAUCGCUGCGAUCUGUGCUCGAACUGAGGAGCCAGGAGAACGCGGCCCUGAGAUCAGAACUGGACAGCUUUAAGCGUGACAUCGAGGAUAAGGACGCGCUGCAGCUGCGACUCGACACUGUGGAAGCGAGAUGCGAGGACCUGAAAGCACAGCUUCAGUGCAAGGACAACUUCGAGCGGCAGGUGUCGCACGAGAAUGAGAUGCUGCACGAGUCGAUUCAUCAGAUUUCAAAGCAGAACAAACGAUUAGCGCAACGUAACGAGGAGCUACAGUGGAGGCUGCGCCAGAAGAACGAAUGGGUAAGCGUUCUCGCGAAUCAGCUGGCGGGUCCACGACUCUCCCGAUCCGCUGGCCCGGAACACACGGAAAACACUCUUCUAUCCGACAAGAGCGACCCGCACUCGUCGUCGAUGGUGAAGUUCAUGGUUGAAAAAAGCGACUCCGUGUCCUGGACCUUGGAGAUCGACGACGAGUCGUCGAAGGGGGCGGCGUCCGACUCGUUGAGCAGGUUACCGAAAGUAAGUAGAUCCGAGAGUGGUGCGACGGUGUCGAGGCAAGGGUCGCUCCGAUUGACGCCGAAGCGGUCCCCCGACACCGACACCCGAGCGAGGUCGAAGAGCAUCUCCGUGACGGACGCGACGCGGGCGGAAGAGAACGCGUGGUCACCGUCGUUCAACUCGACGCCGAUCACGCGGCGACGUCCUAGGAACAAUGACGCGUCACCGUCCUCUUCGUCGUCCUCGUCGUCAUCUUCCGCGUCGUCCUCUGCGCCAGGCACGAACCCCACCGUGGCGGCCGCGGUUGCGGCCGCCGCUGUGGCCGCUGCGGCCGCGGAAGACUGCAGCGUCGGCCAGAACCAACCCCAGGAAGCUGGCGGAGAAGCGAUGAUCUCGGAGGAGACGUCCGCGUCCAGCAGCGAGGACGAGUCGUCCACCGGCAGCGACAUACCGCGCCUACCGAUACAGUUCGCCUGGGGCAAGCCGAUCAAGUAACGCUCGAGUAAAGCGCUCCCAAUUUCCGCCGCCACCCGCCUACGCGUUCGUUCUGUUGCGUGCAGUGCCGAUGUUUGCGUCGUGGAGCAAUCGUAAAAAAGGAAAAAAAAGAAGAAAAGCGGCCGUUUAUCCUCGCUCUUGCCUAUUACUAGCGGAGGAAGAGAUGUUCCUCCAUCGAGAAGAAUCAUCGUCAGAUUCUCGUUGCACGCGUGAUCAUUCCCUCUUAUUCCUGUUCGCAGACAGGUUGCGUUUCACUGUGUAACGUCGGCACCUUGUUUCUUAUUUUUUUUCCAACUGAUAUACAUAUAUAUAUACAUACAUGAAUACAUAUAUACACCUGCUCGAGAAAGCUCGCGUGUGAUGAGCGCGUUUAAGUUUUCGUUUUAAUUGAGCGAUACGCCGCGCGUCUAACGAUACGCAAAGCAAUUCCGGAGUGUAAUGUUGUAAGUUAGUGAGAGAUGUACGAGAAUGAAUUCCACGACGUAUUUUAACGUUACGACUGUAUAAACUAGACUUAGUACGGUUGUUUGCGAGUCCUUUAUUUCCUUUUUCUCUCUUUUCUUUAUUCAAUCACAGACACAUUACUUCCUGCACAUUUUACAUUGCGAUUUCAUGGCAGCGAUCCGAUUGUGUGAAUUUAUUAUCUUCGAAACGCAUCGUGUAAUAAUUUCUCGAUACGUACAACGAAACUGCUUCGUUUGCUGUAUCAAAGGCGAUCGUGCCUUCUUCUCGGGCUUCUCCUCGCCUGUGAAAAGCCCGUAAUGAUGUAAAAUCGCGUAGCAUCAUUUUCGUUUUUCUAAACCGUAGCAGGCAUUGAGAGGAUGAAAUUUAACAUUUUUAUUAACUACUAAUAUUAGGAUCUUUCGGAGAAUUUUUCACGUGUCCACAUUGCCUCGACACUUCUACAUUUGAAUGAACGAGUUUCGCAAGUGUUGCUUAUCUGCGCUUUCUUUUCUUUUUGGUACAUAUACCUUGUAAUAUCGCGGCAGCUAAAUAUAAGGAUAUGACAAAGCGAACUGUUGCUUCGUUUGCGAUCACAUCGAUUUCAUAUUUUCUUUCUUUAAGGAGAAUUUUUUCCUCAGAUACUGCACAUUUGUCCUUUUGUUCCAGAUUCGUUACUUUUAUUACGAAUUUGCGUCAAUUGUAAUUUUAUCGCCGAAUGCGGAGAGGGAUCACGCAUCGCAUUGGUAGGUUUUUUCUCUUUUUGUGUGUAACGACGCGAAUAUUGCGGGUGUAUAUACCCGGAACACAGCAGAGCAGUGAAUACCAUUAGCGACUACCAGCACGUUGCGACAAAUGUUAAUUUCACAGUCCGUUCCAUAGAGACAAGUGGUAGUUUAGAUUUAAAGGAAAGAAACGUCGCGCCGAUAUAAAAGGUACCAAGUAUUAUUCUCACUGAGAAAGUACGUUUCUUUUUCUCAUGUGUGCUGAUAAAAAAAUCGAUGUAUUAUAUAUAUACUUCUCGAAUAAAUAAUAUAAGUAUAAUCUGAA